UUCUCCGCCCCUCCGCUCCCUGGUUGCUUGGUGAUAGCCUCUAUCUCCGCCCCUCCGCUCUCCCGUUGCCUAGUUACCGCUCAGGCCUUCGGGCCGGCAGUUUAGUGGCCCAAGACUAUAAACCUCCGGAGGCCGAGCAGCCCCGGGCCGCCCGUAUUCUUCACAGCCCGGGGGAGAGCGGGAACUCAGGAAAUGUCUGCAUAGAUGAAUCAUUUGUGUUACCUACGUUGUAAUAGUCAUCUACCUAAUUCAUGCAGGCUAUGGGUGAUUGGAGGACAAACAACAUGCCAGAGUCAGCAACCAGAAUAAUUUCCCGCUACAACUCUGAACCCAGAAUACCAUCCCCAAGCUAUCUGCAGUCAACACUCAACAACCGCAAGUGCUCUCAAGAUUCAGAUUUCUGCAAUGAUGACAACGUAGAACAAUGUGUCGCAUAUCUUGACCAGGAGUUGAAGACUUUGGGGUUUCCGUCCUUGCAAACCGCAUCGAAGAAUGGCAGUGGGAGACGGUUGCAUGUGGUGUCAAUAUUAAACUGCAUCUAUGAGCUGCUUCAGCGUCACACAAAAGACUUGCGGAGGAGAGAAGAUGUGGAAACCCAAAUCCUCAAAAUAAAUAGUGACUUGGAGUAUUUGCAGAGUAAUCACAGCAAACUUAAGGAUCAGCUUGAAGUGACUAAGCGGGAGAAUGCUGCUCUUCUGGAAAAAGAACGACAGCAGCUGUGCAAGAAUAACAACCUCCUGCAGCUGCUGAAGAAUGAGAAAGAGGAGGUUCAGAAAUUACAGAACAUUAUUGCUAGCCGCUCCACACAGCACAACCACAACAUGAAGAGGAAGGAGAGGGAGUACAAUAAGUUGAAGGAGAGAUUGUGCCAGCUAGUGAUGGAUAAGAAGGACAAGAAAAUAUCCAUCGAUGUGCUGAAUUAUGUGGGCCGCGCUGAUGGUAAAAGGAUGGCUUGGAGAACAAAUAAAACUGAUGCCAAGAACGAGGAGGAGAUGUACAAAGUUCUGCUUGGUGAUUAUGAACAGCGACAGAAGCAGCUCAUGCUGGAGAAUGCAGAACUGAAGAAAGUCCUGCAGCAAAUGAAGAAAGAAAUGAUCUCCAUCCUCAGCCCACAGAAACCGAGAGCGAAGGACAGAUUGGAAGAUAGUCUGGGACCAGCUUUUUCAGAUACUGAGGAAGAUCCAGCAGACUCUAGUAAAGACCACCUGUCAGAAUUAUCAUGUGAGGCAGCCAGAGAGCAGCUGGUCAAUAGCAUUCGCCAGCAAUGGCGGAUACUUAAAAACCACGUGGAAAAGCUGGACAACCAAGCUGCCCAAGUACGUGUGGUAUCACCAGACCGUAAGGGGUCAAUUGCCAGGGAAGUGCAUGAGAGAGAGAUGGAACGACUGAAAAAUGAAAUCCAGGAGUGCAGGGAAACCAUCAAGAGCCAGCAGCAUCUUUUGCAGCAGCAAAUCAUUGUUGGAAAUGAUGAAGAUACAUCUGCCCUCCUCCAGGACUGCUACCUCCUUGAGGACCAGGAGCGUCUCCAGGAAGAAUGGAGAUUAUUUAAUGAGCAAAAAAAGAACUUUGAAAAAGAGAGAAGGAAUUUUACUGAAGCUGCCAUUCGUCUGGGACACGAGAAAAAGGCGUUUGAAGAGGACCGGGCAAUGUGGUUAAAACACCAGUUCCUAAAUAUGUCCUUGUUUUGUGAUCGCAAGAGUGCGGAGUACUGCCAAACGCAAAGUGCCUUUUCAAGCAAUGAGCAGGAAUCCCAUAUAAUCCAGACAAAGUCGCCUCAAUCCAAACACAAGACCCCACCAUGUGAUGUCACAAGAAGCAUUGGAAAGUCACUGCCUGCCACCCCUUCUGCCAACCAGCAGCCUCUUCACAGAUACAGCACUUCAAGGACGGAUUCAAACGGCAGUGAUCUAUGAUUGAAAAGUGGAGAUGGCUACUACAUCAUCCAUAGCGUGUGCAUGCGCUGGCCCGUGGCCUUCUUAUUUGUUCAGUGUUUAAUUUAUUACAACGUUCCCCGAUGUCUGGGUCUUUCUAUUGCUACAGCAUUCACUGCCCUGCAUACAUUACAUGGGUUGCCUGUCUGUCCUCGGCACUGAAGCCGUGAGCCCAUGGCUUGUUGGCGGCUUCUUCUUCUUUGUGUCUCUUGUAUGUAGUAUGUCUGACAUUCUAUGUUGUGAAUGUUUUUCUCUCAGGGAAUAAAGUUUAAAGGAAUAUAUCAUGGCCUUAAAUUGGCAUAAUGCGUUUAAUGCCUGCUCUGUUGAUGACUGCAGAUAUUUACAAGGCCUCUGAACAGAGUUCAGUUUAGAAAAUAUUGACGUGCAGAGAUUUAGCCGGGGUGGCCUGCUGGUAGGCUACAGACUGGCAAACAUAAACUACAUUUUAGGAUUGGAGGUGACCAAAGUCUUCACAAAUGAUGCUCACAAAGUGCAAACUUAAAUAUCCAGCAGCAAGUAGUUAACUUGGAUCUCUGUAGAGCAAGCAAGGAUACAAUCAGAUUAUUCACCUGCUGACUGUGGAUAGUUGCUGAACCACUGGCAGGUUCAUAAGUAUGUCCAACCACUGAAUAUACAUAUAUGCUGUGGCAACAUAACCCAACUAAAGGGCAAGGCCCAAUCUUUAAGUUCACUUGUGGUUGGACUCUAAUGUUCUGAGAUUGCACCAGUAUGUUAUGGGAUGUGCGGUUGGCUCAUUGCUGCUCAUCUAGGAGAUAUCUGCCUGAUGCAGCCAGUCAGUAUUGGCUGUAAGUUGUUCAAUAGCUGCUCAUCUACAGCUUGGGCACUGGCUGUUGAGUAGUUCGUCAACAACCAUAGCUUUCCAGGUUUCCACCAUUGAGAAGUACUUGUUGGUACUCCCUUAGUAUGCUGAUUUUGCUAAUAUACAGCUAUAUCCAUAUCAAACUAUACAUCUGAACCCCCCCCCCCCCUGCCCUUUUGGUUGUCAUUGCUCCUUGAACAGCAUGAAAUUCCAAUUUUACCGGUAGCCUAAACCUAGCAGAUUUUGUUUUGCGAGACAGUAUUCCUCAAGCUAGGGAGUCGCUAGGAUCUUCAUGGUGAUUUCUGUAGCAGCAUGCGUCUAGUAGACUGCCUGCGCCGAGUCGCUAGGAUUUUUAAACUAGUGAUUUAUGUAGCAGCAUGCGUCUAGUAGACGGCCUGCGCUGAUUUGCUAGAAACUUCGAACUAAUGAUUUUGUAGCAGCAUGCGUCUAGUAGACGGCCUGCGCUGAGUCAGUCGCUAGGAACUUCCAACUAGUGAUUUUGUAGCAGCAUGGGGCUAGUAGACUGCCUGCGCCGAGUCGCUAGGAACUUUGAACUAGUGAUUUUGUAGCAGCAUGGGGCUAGUAGACUGCCUGCGUUGAGUCGCUAGGAUUUCAAACUAGUGAUUCUUGUAUCGGCAUGCAUCCAGUAGACUGCCAGUGCUGAGUCGCUAGGAUUUUGAGCACCAACAGAGUUUUUUUUAAAUGCCCCUCCCCCUGCAGUGUUUCUCAUUAGCUCGGCUCUUAAUCCGCUCUAUUAGCCCAAAAUGCAUCAAAGCACUUGAAAAAAUGAUUUAAUCUUCUAAAUUUUAUUAUGUGUGGCUUUGAUUAUAAAAUAUGUAUUCUGUACCUACACACAUUAAAGAAGGUCAUUUUAUAAGUUGAGCCUUGUUUGCUGUGAUGUGACGGCACCGAGAACUACCCUUGGUACCGGAACAGAAGUGAAGCUGCGUUUUCACAGGGUGCUGGAUCAUUUUAUUGCUGUUUCGCCCACACAAUGACUUCUGUACCUCUGUAGAUCCAAUCAGAUUGUCUAUUUGCAUAACUGGCUUUGCUUGUAUAAUAUCAUUUCUGCCAGUAACCUGUUUAGAGUAGACAGAUGAAUUUAUGACAAGGAAAGAUUAUUUGGCAGAAAACGGGUGAAGUAUUGCGUAGAAUAUUUUGUGCUGUGCUUAAUGGAUCACUCCACUGUAAAGUGAAAUCUUAAUUUUUAGUAGGGUAUCGGUGGGAAUAAUCACCUGCUGGUUUCAAUGAGACAUCAGGGGCGGUAUUUUCCUGCAGUAGUUUGUGUCUAUGUCCCUCUCCCACAAGGUCAUGAUAAUGUGAUUUUUGCAGGAGGCAGUGUGACCACUAUCUAUGCAAUGGCCAUGAUAGUUGGCUGAAACUGGGAAGAAUAUCCCACCGUUCAAUUUCCUGGGAGAUGCCAAAAAAAAGCGUAUAAUUGUGAAUUAUUCCACGUGGAGUUUGCAUUUUAAGCAUGAGAAAUACUUGCACUUUCUUCAAUGUUCUUCUCUUUUUAUGAAAACUUUAAAACACUGCUUUUCUUAUUACUGCAAAGACGCAUUGAUGAUGUCCAAAGCUUUUAGUAACCAAUAACGGCCAUGCAGAUUUCAGUUUUCUGCAGUCAUGUGAUCAGGAUUGAAUUUUGAUUGGCUCAUGUGGGUUACAGCACUCAUUUCACUUUGCUGUAUGAGGUGAGCCUGUAAAUCUGCCCUGAGAUGUAAGGUGGUUUGUUGACCCAUAAGCGCUGACUCCGCAGAAAGCAGCACAAUGACCAUGGCAGAACUAAAGCUUUAUCAUCAUCGGUUUCCUCCCAGCUUUUUUAAGUUAUUUUUAACCUGUAUGGUCCUUAGGUUUUUGCAAUCUAAUAUUUUUUGGAAGAGGGUAAUGAACAGUUUCUGGUUCAAACUGCAACCUGUGUGGAUGUCGCGAUUGACAUCUUCAUAACGGCCUAGCAAAAUGAAAUUGUUCCCAAGCGGACCUAUAACAGUGAGGGGGGGGGGGGGGUUAAUGG